CUUCCCGCGCGGUUGUUUUGCAGGCGGCGGCGGCGGCGGCGGCAUGGCGGGCCUGGAGCUGCUCUACAACUCGGUGGCGCCGGAGCUCGGCUGCGCGCAGGACGCCCUGCUCUGCUUCGUGCACUGGAAGCUGAUCACGCGCGAGUACCGCUGCCUGGGCGCCGGGGACGAGCCGGGUGCCAACGAGAGGAAGUCGGAAAUGCUGCCCACUGGGUGGAACGCGGACAAGGAACUUUACACACUGCGGUACCAGCUGAAGGAUGAUUCUCACGACCUUCUGGUGAAGGCCAUUCUGAUAGACAACAGCAUCAUUCUCAACGUCAUGGAUCCCAAAACGCAGAAAGUGGCAGAUUUGACCUUGAAGGUGACCGACUACGUUGACCCAGAACAUCUGGCGGACUUUGACAAGGUAUAUCGGAAUGUGGAGGAGUUACAGACCCAGAUUGUGCAUCACAUCAUCUCCCCUUUCGAAACCUCCAAAGUGCGAAGUGAGGCCAAGGAGCAGCCCAGACGGGAGAGGAACCCGUCCCCGCCCAACCCUCCCGAUCACGACCCUUUGUGGAUCCCUCCUCAACAUCCUCACAGCAGCCGGCAGCCCAACUGGCCAGACCCGCUGAACCCAUUUGAUAUUGGCCGACAAGAUCUGGACCCUUUGGGGGGUCGAGGAGGGGGAAUGAUCUUUGAUCCACUUCGAUCAGGGUUUCGGAAUCCUGUUCUUGACCCCUCUUCUGGGCUCCCCAGCAGACUCCCACCUGGUUCUGUUCCUCCAGGUGCCAGAUUUGACCCGUUUGGACCCCCAGGGGCCAGGCGGGGCGGGCCUAAUCCUGACCACCUUCGCCCUCCUGACUAUGACGAUAUGUUCAUGUGACAACAGCCGGGCUUCAUCGUUUCUUUCCUGGCAGACCGACGCCGGAUGCUUACCCAGACAUGGGGGAGAGUUGGCCUUUUCUGCAGUGGUUUUCCUUCCUGGCCCACUGGUUUUGGUCCCCCUGCUAUAAACCAGAAGAGGAAACGGCACGCAGUUAACCUUUCAGCCUCUGCCUUUCUCUCCUUUUCCCCCCAGCAUGUUACUUUCGCUUCUCCGGGUCUUAAAUCCGGUGAACCAUAUCUCCGAGUGCUCCGAGAUCAGCUGGUGUGUCUUUGAAAGGGUAGAGUUUUCAAAAGCUGUGAGCAAAGGAACCCCUUUGGUGGAGGUUCUGUAUAUAUCAGGACUGGCAACCCAGUUUAAUCAUGAACCAGUUUGAAACUAAACAUGGUAGAACUAGAUAAGGGUAGAUCAGCCACCAACGCUCUUCUGCCUUCUGUUUUCAGCUCCUUCCAAUUUAUCGCUGAGCAUCCCUCCCGUGUGGUUUUGCUGGGUGCUGCUAAAAUUUCGGUGGGGCUGUGAUUCAGCACGUCGUCCCACAUCCUCCUCAAUUUCAGCCGCCUCGAUUUUUUUUCCCUUGCCAGAGAAGCACAGUCACAACUUCAUGGUGUGUGGAGAAACUGAAAUGAGAACUAGGGGGCAGCCAGAUACCAGUGGAAGGACUGAGGGAUCUUCCUUGAUCUGGAGACCAACUGCUAACAGGCAGUAUUUGGCCCAGGGCUGCCAGCUGCCGACUGUGGCUUUGGGGAAUUGACACGGUGGCUUGACAGAAGAGCUGCUUUAGUAAGGAUGAAACUCUGAGCAGAGCCCCUCUCUCCAAACACCACACAACCACACACACACCGCUGGCCCAACUGAAUUGGUUUUGGUGGUAGGCAAAGCUGCCACCCUUGGAAGUGCUUCUCCUGCAUCACCAGUGCCCCCAUUACAGGUUGCAAUUAAUAGUCGCAAUAAAA